UGUAAACAUGGGAGGAGGUGUCAACUAUGGAGGAUAAAAAUCAGGAAGGGCUGCUUUAGUAGUGGAUUUAUCAAUAUCAAGCGCUAGUGUCUGUUUUUGUUUAAAAGCGCUAGCGUAACAUAGAAAUACAAACAUGAAGUACACUGUCGACUUUAAAGAAUGUCUGAAGGACUCUCCAAGAUUUCGCACAUCUCUGGAAGAUGCAGAGGGUGACAUUGAGGCAUUAGAAGUUCGCCUAGAAAGGCUGGUCAAGCAAUGCAGCACCAUGAUAGACAUGGGCAAGUCUUUCAGCUCUGCCAGCAGUGGAUUUGUCCUGGGAAUACGAGACCUGGCCAACUACUUCAAUGAUGACGCUCUCGUGUCGGAUAACCGCAAAGUUGCUGGAAGUCUCAACCGUUUUGCUCAUGCCAUGUCGGAGAUGCUCAAGUAUUUCAAUAUUUUGAUGGACCAAGCCCAUAGAUCUGUCUGCAAGAAUUUGAAUUCAUUCAUCAAAGUAGAUGUAAAGAAGGUGAAAGAGACGAAGAAGCUGUUUGAGAAGAUCAGCGAUGACAUGGAUGCUGCGCUGACCCGUAACUCCCAAGCCCCGCGCUCCAAGACACAGGAAUGUGAGGAGUCCCUCAACACACUGACGGCGACACGCGCCUGCUUCGCACACACCUCUCUCGACUAUGUCUUUCAAAUUAAUGUGCUCAACUCCAAGAAGAGAUUUGAUAUUCUGGACACGAUGUUGUCCUAUAUGCAUGCCCAGAACACGUUUUUCCACCAAGGUCACGACCUUUACCUCGACCUUGAAAAGACCUACAUGAAAGAUAUUGCUGGCCAG